UUAUCAUCAAACGUUAAUAGAUUAUCGGACUGAUACGAACAUGUAUGUGAAUUUAUUAUAUUAAUCAAAGUAAACAAAAUUUACAACAUUUAAAGGAGUGUGAUAUUAAAGCAAUGGCUACAGAAAGCUCAACAAUAAACUCAGAAUACCCUUUUCACCGUGAUGACUUCAAGGUCACACCAAAGAUGAAACAAAGCUUUGAUAAAUAUGGUUACAUUUUAGUGAGGGGAUUACUUGACAAUGAAGAGGUUGAAAAAGUAAAGAAAGUAUUUGAAAAUGCCACAUCUGAACAGAUCCUGGAAGACAAUAAAAUGAGGGUUUCUGAUGGCCAAGGAAGAGAGGCCAAGUUAAUUGUAUGGUCACACCCUGGAAAUGAUGUCAGUGGAAUGGUUAGUAGAUCACAAAAAGUAGCAGGAACAUGUGAAAAGCUCAUGGGGGAGGAGGUAUACCAUUAUCAUGGAAAAUUAGUGAGCAAAGAGGCUUUUACUGGUGGCUCUCAUUUGUGGCAUCAGGAUUACGGGUAA